ACCUUUUGCAUGGACAAACUUAGGAAAUCGUUUAAAGUACGCUCUGAACAAUCUCAUUUUCAGAUUGACAAAUCUCCUGAAGAAAUACAAGUUUUGUUGAAUCAGAAAGAGGAUCUAAUGAGACAAGGCGAUACGGAGAAUGGGAAUGGAAUAUGGAGAGAUUCUAGUUACGAUUUCUCUAAGGAUGCAAUAGCAGUAACGAAGGAGUUUGAGAUUGGAACUGCUUCUGGUUCUGUUUCUGUUUCUGCUUCGCCGAGUUUGUCGAAAAUCUCCGAGAGUCCAACUUACGGACAGCUGACGCCGCGGGAAGUUAGGGUUUCGUUUAAGAAGACGACGAUGGAAGAGGAACCGGUUCGAAGAAGGUCAAAUGCGAGUGGACAUACAGUAAUCGGUGUUGAGGUUGAGGAUGAUGUGGUGGUUACUUGUACAUCUAACUCGUCGUCUUCGUCUCAAAGGAAAUCUGCUGUGUUGAGGACGAUAACGAAGUCGAGAUUGAUUGAUCCGCUUGAACAGCAGGAUCGGAGAUCGCAGAAUCAACGGACGCCGAAAUCGGGAAUGGUUGGGAAAGGAAGUGAUGUUGAUGAAGAUGAUCCGUUUCAGGGAGAGGAUUUACCAGAUGAGUAUAAGAAGAUGAGAUUGAGUACGAUUUCUGUUCUUCAGCUGGUGAGUUUGAUUAUGAUUGUUGCUGCUUUAUCUUGCACAUUAGCUAUUCCUAGAUUUAGAAACAGAAGAAAAUUUGAACUCCAUCUUUGGAAAUGGGAAGUCAUGAUUUUAGUUCUAAUAAGUGGUAGAUUAGUUUCCGGAUGUAUAAUUCGAUUACUCGUCUUCUUCAUCGAACGAAACUUCAUUUUAAGAAAACGAGUUCUGUAUUUCGUUUACGGAAUUAGAACAGCAGUGCAGAAUUGCAUCUGGAUGAUCAUGGUUUUGAUUGUUUGGCAAUUCAUCUUCGACAAGAAAGUUGAGAACAUGACAGAUAGAAAGUUCAUCCCAUAUGUAUCGAAAAUCUGGAUCUGUCUUCUCGUUGGUACAUUAAUCUGGCUUCUGAAAACCCUCCUUGUUAAAGUUCUAGCUUCGUCGUUUCAUGUCAGCACUUUCUUCGAUCGAAUCCAGGAGUCUCUGUUCAACCAAUACAUAAUUGAGACCCUCUCUGGUCCUCCAUUGAUUGAAAUCGAACUCGAACAAGAAGAAGAAGAGAGAACAAUGGCUGAAGUUCAGAAAUUUCAAAAUGCUGGUGCUAGUAUCCCACCUGAUCUCAAAGCAAAUAUUUUCUCUAAAAACAGCCCUAGAUUCGCCAAGAGUCCUCGAUUCUCAACCGCUGGCUCUGAUAAGAAUGGAAACAAGAACCCAAUCACGAUUGAUCAUUUGCACAGGCUAAACCAGAAGAAUAUCUCGGCUUGGAACAUGAAGAGAUUGAUGAAUAUUGUUCGAAAUGGUGUCCUUUCAACUCUUCACGACCAAAUACAAGAUUCGGUUUGUCAGGAUGAGUCUGCAGUUGAGAUAACAAACGAAUUCCAAGCCAAAGCAGCUGCAAGGAAGAUCUUUUACAACAUUGCUAAGCCGAGUUCUAAACACAUUUAUUUGCAGGAUCUUAUGCGUUUCUUAAGGGAAGACGAAGCUAUGAAGAUGAUUCAUCUCAUUGAAGGCUCCAAUGAAAGCAAAGGAAUAAGCAAAGGAGCUCUUAAGAAUUGGGUGGUUAAUAUAUUUCGAGAGCGUCGGGCACUCGCAUUAUCCCUUAAUGAUACAAAAACCGCUGUAAAUAAACUCCAUCAAAUGUUAAACAUAAUGGUAGGAGUGAUUGUGGUGGUUAUAUGGCUUCUAAUUCUUAGAGUUGCUACCACACAUUUCUUCAUUUUUUUAAGUUCUCAAGUUCUAUUAGUCGCCUUUAUGUUCGGAAACACUUGCAAAAUGACGUUUGAAGCGAUUAUAUUUCUGUUUAUCAUGCACCCAUUUGAUGUUGGUGAUCGAUGUGAAGUUGAUGGAAUUCAGAUGAUUGUUGAAGAGAUGAAUAUAUUGACGACGGUUUUCUUGAGAUUCGAUAACCUAAAGAUCAUAUACCCAAAUAGUAUCUUGGCCACCAAACACAUCGGUAAUUUUUAUCGUAGCCCUGAAAUGGGAGAUACGAUUGAUUUCUGCAUCCACGUCGCAACUCCUUUCGAGAAGAUCGCUUCAAUGAAGGAGAAAAUCACAAGGUACGUUGACAACAAGGGUGAGCAUUGGAAACCAACUCCAAGGAUAGUGUUGAGGGAUGUGGAGGACAUGAACCGUCUUAAGAUAUCGGUGUGGCUAACACACCGAAUUAACUUCCAAGACAUGCGAGAGAGGUGGUUUAGGAGAGCCCUUCUGGUGGAGGAGAUGAUAAAAGUUUUUCGGGAACUUGACAUUGAAUAUCGAAUGCUACCUAUGGAUGUCAAUGUUCGUAACUUGCCACCUUUGGCGUCGAAUAGACUUCCGUCGAAUUGGACCACCGUUUCACAUUAACCAAACCAAGAGAGAAUGAGAUGGCUACUUGUGGAGGGCACGUUUAGCAACCCUUAGAAUAGUUGAAGUUGGAAUGUUAUCGAAUUUCUUUUUUGUAUAUAAUCGGUUUUAUUUCUUUUACUUUUGUAUAUAGUUGGAUUUUC